AUGAGAACAAUAAAAUCCACAAGAUCUGGAUGCCUGGCUCUCUUACUGGUCCUCAUGUGUGUGCUGGGUUCAGAAGUUACUGCAGACGUUGAAGGAUCCUCAGAUGGUCUCAGCACUACCCGGGAACCCACGUGGCUCACAGAUGUCCCCUCUGCUGUGGAACUGAUCGCUGCUGCUGAGGUGGCCGUCGUAGGCUUCUUCCAGGAUUUAGAAAUACCACUAGUGUCCACAUUCCGUAGCAUGGCGCAACAAUUCCAAGAUAUAUCAUUUGGAAUCAGCAACAGUUCUGAGGUGCUGAACCACUACAACGUCACCAGCAACACCAUCUGCCUCUUCCGACUGGUUGAUAAUGAACAACUGCGUUUAGAUGGCACAGACAUUGAAAACACAGACGCCACCAAAUUAAGCCGUUUCAUUCAUAUCAACAACCUCCGCUGGGUGACAGAGUACAGUCCUCUGACUGCAUCUGGCCUAUUUAACACCAUGAUUCAGACUCAUCUCCUCCUGAUGGUGAACAAGGCUUCCCCCAAGUAUGAAGAGAGCAUGCGCAGAUACCAGGAGGCAGCUAAGCUCUUCCAGGGACAGAUUCUCUUUGUUCUGGUGGACAGUAACAGAAAGGAAAAUAAAAAGGUGAUAGCGUAUUUUAAACUGAAGGAGUCUGAGCUGCCAGCUUUGGCCAUUUAUGAAAUGAUGAAUGACACGUGGGACACUCUGUCCAUCUCGGAAGUUACCGUGGAGCACGUGCAAGGGUUCUGUGAGGGGUUCCUAAGGAGGCAGCUGAUGAGAGAUGAGAAAUUGGAAGAAAGCACUCCGAAGGAGGAACUCUGACUCCCCGGGAUAGCACCUCUGCUUAUUGCCACGUGUCUACUUUGUG